AUGUUUGGAUUUGGUCAGGGAUUUCAAGACAGCUAUACCCCUCCUGCAGAACGCAGACAGCUAUCCCAGCAGAAAACUAUUGCAGUUCAAUGUGAAGCUGAUAAACUGGUUGUCACUGUCCAACGUGAUUUGUAUGGCAAUGGAGUGCCAGCAAAACCUUCAGAUAUGGUAUUAGGUUCCCAGCUAUGUAAACCUACUUCACAAUCUACUAACACAAUCCUAGUUUUUCAGUAUGGGUUACAGCAGUGUGGAAUCCGCUUACAGAUGACACCAGAAUGGAUGAUCUAUGCUACACAAUUAAUAUAUAAUCCAACUCCUACCUCAAACUCUCUCAUCAUUAGAACAAAUUCUGCUGUGAUCCCAAUCAACUGUUAUUAUCCCAGACAAGGUAAUGUAUCCAGUAAUGCCAUCAAACCAACAUGGGCUCCUUUCAGCACUACCGUAUCUUUCGAAGACAAGCUUGUCUUCUCAUUGCAACUGAUGAAUGAUGACUGGAGCUCCAUAAGAACUUCUUCAGUCUUUCACCUGGGGGAAGUUUUCCAUAUAGAAGCCUCUAUUAGCAGUGUCAAUCAUAUGCCUAUGACAGUCUAUGUGGAUAGCUGCGUGGCUACCCUAACUACAGAUAUUUACUCCAGUCCACGCUAUGAGAUCAUUGCUGCAAAUGGGUGUCUAUUGGAUGGGAAACAAGAAGAUUCUUCUUCUGCAUUUAGAGCACCAAGAAUGCAACCAGACAAACUUCAAUUUACAGUUGAUGCCUUCAGAUUCACAGGGAAAGAUAUCUCAAUGAUCUAUAUCACCUGCAAUCUGAAAGCUGCUGCACUUACUCAGGCCCCAGAUACUAUGCACAAGGCUUGUUCCUUCAACAAAGCUACAAACAUCUGGUCUUCAACUGAAGGACCCAGUAACAUUUGCAAUUGUUGUGAUGCUGGAAAUUGUGUGGUGACUCCAGGACAAAGCAGGGGACGGGGGCCCUAUUAUACAGGCUCUCGAAGAAACUGGAAAAGAGAAGCUGAAACAGGUAAUUGGCUCCUUGAGGAAGAAGAAGCAAUAGCAACACUAGGUCCCUUAAUGGUUAUUGGAUCUGCUGAAAAAAUAGAAUUUUCAUCAAUUCUAGAAAAUAACAACAAGCUGGAACUUUGGCUAUUGCAAGGCAAUAUAAAGAGUGAGUUUGAAAUUAUCGCCCAAGAUUGA